AUGAAGGCACCAGAACGGGUGCCAGAUCCUUUAAAGCAGAAGUUUCUUCCUUGGGAUGGGAGCUUCGAGCUUGAAUACUCGAAACAUCUACGUACUCAAGAUGAUUCCGACUUAAAUGUUAAAUAUUUGAUGAAUUGUAUAGGCGAGUUCACAAACUUCGUCGCGUUCUAUGCCAAUAACAUCCUGGUGAUACGGAAAAUCCACGAUGGGGGGUUAGAGGCUCCAUUCAUCUUCGGUGAAGAUCUGAUGGUGCAAGAUGUAGAUUAUUUGCGAAGCACAGAUGAAGGAUUCGAGAUCGUUGUUGCCCUCAAUAGCACAAAGGUUGCAACUCACCCUCACUGUGUAGCCUUACUACGUUGGAGUGGUGCUCAGCUAAAGCUGCUUCGAAAACUGAAGAUUGAAGAGGAGGUGCGAUUUACUAGCUAA